GAAGUUGACACAUCCCAGUUGCCUAGCUUACCAACAGCCAGUAUUCGACGGCGAACACAUUAGGUGACCGCGAUAUGGGCGGGCGCGUGGAUAGUGUAUUGAAUGUACGUAUUGCGGCCAUGUUGACACAAACAGCCCUAUGCCAGGUGUGCUUGUCUCCCUACGCAAAAUCCAGCGCGUUAGCCUUGAACCAGGGCGAAGCGGGAAGAACAUCAACGUUCUAGAGGUCCGAGAAUUGCCUCCAGCUAUAGGUCAGCGCUCAGCGCUCAGCGGUCAACCAUCGUCACUGUUAUCUUACCACAACAUCCAUGCUCGUAUCUCUUGCGCGAACCAGCCUGUAGCGUUUACAGGGCUACACAGAGUCGCAACUGCUCCAUUUCCUUUAUAACAUCAUUGGGGCGGACAAGAGGCUUGGAACCUACGCGUUCCGUUAUUUACUAUGUACCUUUCCGCAUUGUUAUCCCGCAUCGACGU